UCACGUAACACCCAUUACUAGAAGCUUGAUUCCGUCCACUAGCAGCGCGCACAGUGGGAGGAAGGGUGGUAUUGAGGAGGUGACAGCACCUCAAAUCAACUUUUGAAUUACAUCAAAUUUGAACCCGAAGAUAAAAGGGGUGGACGGACCGGAAACAUGACUAGUUUUGCCAGUAAAGCUUUCUGCAGGGUCGAGAGGUUGUGCCACCACCUCCCCGUGGUUCUCAACACUUUCCUGGUGUUCUCUAUCACCGGGGAGGUGAGCUACCUGGUGCUGGUCGAGGCUCCUCUGGAUCCGGACCAGAAGAAAACGGAGUGGUCCUCCAGGUGGAAAGCCACCCACCUUCUGGCCCAGUACUUCAUGUUGGUCAACAUCUGCUGGAACGCCCUGCUCUUUCUCAGGACAAGCCCGAGCAUCAAGGGGGUGUUCCUGGGAGGAGAUGGCAUGGGACAGGGAUGGAGGUACUGUUAUACUUGCGAGACGCACACUCCUCCUCGUUGCUCCCACUGCUAUGACUGCAAUGUGUGUGUGCUGCGGAGAGAUCACCACUGCGUCUUCUUUGGUCGCUGUGUGGGCUUCCGUAACUACCGCUAUUUCAUGAGCUGCUUGUUAUUUAUGUGGUCUGGACUCCUGUAUGCCACUCUAAUGAAUGCAGAGGUCUUCAUCGUCAUAUUGAAGGAGGGUGUGACUUUGCACAGCGUGCUUCUGCUCCUCAUACCCUGGAUAAUGCUAGUUUCAGGCCAGGUCUCGGCACGUGCCUUUGCCUUUGCCUUUAUCGCUGACACAUGCGUCGUAGGCCUUCUAUUGGUGUCUGCCUUUUUCUUCUUUCAUCUCUUCCUCAUGUUUCGAGGACAGAGCACCAGGGAGUGGUACUCGAACCGCCAGCCCUACAGCCUGGGACUCCUUGGUAACUUGCGCCACUUUCUGGGCACUCGCUGGUACAUGUGCUGGCUCUGCCCACUUAUCUCAUCACCUCUACCUGGAGAUGGGAUAAACUUCAAGCUCACAGGAUCCCUGGAUCCCACGCGGUAACAUCUGAAAGCCUGAUAAUUGACAGGCUGUGUCUUUACAGUUAUGGUGAUGGUUCAUGUAAUUGGGAGCAGCAGGGGGGAUCACCUCAGUUCAAAUCUAGGUAGCUUGGGAUGCCAAAAGAGUGUAUGUGGUAAUAUGAGAUGUUACUUGGUGUACAACAUUGUAACUGUCGACCAGUAUCUCUCUGCAGCCUUUUAGCUGUGCUGAGGCAAAAAUAUGUUGGGUCUACUGUGGAGGGUACAUCGAUCCUUAUCCAGGCUGGCCUCAGAAUAUAAAACAUGAAGUUUGAAGUGUCGCCUGUGGAAUAUUUAACAAUGAAAAAGUAUUAAAACAACACUGAAAUAAGUAUGUAUUUAGUUGAUUUUGAAAAGUUGAGAAUUUUAAAUCCUUGUAAACAAGCACUCACAGUUAUCAUCUAUGACUCUGGGGUAACUAUUCUACUGGGAUUGGAUAUAGGGACUACUUUAAUGGGCCUUUUCAUGCUGUUAAUGUUGCCUGAAUAUGAAGAUGAUACAGAUUUGCACUGUUCCUGAGUAUGAAAUACACCACCAUUUGCCUCAUAUCUACAGUUGUGCCUAACCUAAAAGUGAAAUGUGCUUGUGCUAUCAAUUUCUCAUGUACUUAGGGAGGGUCAAGGUGAUGUCUUAAAAUCUACAGGACACAUUUGUAGGAGAACAAAUGACAGAAACAUGGUUUGAGGUCUAGAGUUGCAGCUCACAGACUAAUGUGAUGUUGUGCUGUGAAUACACAAUUAAAACAUCAAAUCAGCAGUCUUUCCCUAUAGUUAUAUUAAUGUUGUCCUUUCAGUCAGAAAGGGAAAACUACAAACCAUAUCUACUGUACAACGUGAUGUGCUCUGACUCAGUCAGCUGCUGUAUAUACUGUAUUCAUACUUUUAUAGUAUACUGUUUUUGCACUGAGAACUCAUUGAGGAUUAUGCUGUUUUGUACAAUGUGUAAAGUAGAAUACAUUUAGUGAGAUAUGUCUAUCAAACUUGCUUUGCACUGUAACUGAUCAUUGAUUCAACAGAGAGAGAACAAAGGAAACCUAUUUUUCCAAAAAUGAUUGAAGUUAUUUUGUUUUCUGUGCUGCUUCUUGGUCUUUUUUUUUUUACCAGCCUGUGUUUAAAAUACAUUAUGUGACACUUUGUGACACUCCUUAUACUCAGACCGCAAAUAGAUUAGUAUGUAUUAUGGAUUAUGGACACAGCUGAUGUAACCUUCAUGAAAGAGAAAUUCUUCAGUUACCUCAUCUCAAUCCUACCCCCCUUUUAUUCUGCUGUUGCUUUUGUCAUUCUUAUCCUGUGGCCUUAAAAUGUAGUGAAUAUAUUUUAAUGACAGCCAAAAAUAUUGUUUCAAAUCAUUAUUAAUUGUUUGCAUGGUAUAUAUUUCUGUUUUUUUUUCUUGCUUUGGCAUUUGGGUCACACCAUUGAAUGCUUUGUUUUGCUAUUUGAAUGUACUUUAAUAAAUGGUGUCAAUGGAGCAUUUGAUAAGUAA